GUUAUAUUCGUUGGGUGCAGAUUGAGGAUGACCCAGUGAAAGGAGAUACUGUGCCGACAAAAAGUUAGAAGCCUAAAUUUGCAAGGAUUCAAAUUUCAUUGUCAAAAAUCGGAAAGUCAGAAAAGCAGGAUUUUCUUCCCAAGGUAUCUCAUUUGAAUUUGACAAACCGAGCCAAUUUUUGUUGGAAUACGUGCAUGUAUUUGUGAGAAGCUUUCUUGCCGAAAGUCAGCUCGAAGGCGGAGGGUUUCAUGAGAAAAGAGUAGAAUAUUGAGUUUGUUGUUGUUUGCAGGAAACAAAUAAUGGUGAGAAGUUGCUGGAGCCGUUUGGAGAAGCGGCCUCACUUCUUUAAGGUUUUCCUUCCUGGUUUCAGCUCAGAAUGCCUGAAAAUUCCAAUAGCUUUCUUCAAACAUCUAAAGGAAAGAGCCUCUUGUGUAGUCUCCUUAACAGGUCCAAGUGGGAAUACUUGGCAAGUAAGAUUGGUUUGGAACAUUGACGGCUGGUUUUUCCAAGAUGGUUGGCCAAUGUUCGUGAGAGACCACUCAAUACAAGUGGGUGAUUUUAUUGUCUUCAAAUAUGAUGGUGAGUCACAGUUUAGUGUUAGAAUAUUUGAUAAAAGUGGAUGUGAGAAGCAGGCUGCAUUUUCUGUUAGUUGUAGUCAAGAUACUGGCUUUAUUAUAAAGAAUAAUGGAAAGAAGAGGGGGAGAGAUGUGAUGGAAACAUGUCUUCAAGGUGUGGCAAAGAAAAAUAGAAGCAAAUAUCCUCAAGUUUGUUUAGAGAGAACAACCCAGGAAAGGGCAGUGAAAGCAGAAAUUUUUUAUGAGAACAAUUCUGAGAAAAAGGCUGUGGUUUCUGGAAAAUGCUGUCAAGACACCAAUUCUGUAAGAGAUGACUCAAAACAUAAACAGAACAAUACAGUGGCAACACCUUUCUCAUUAUUGCCUUGUGCGGUAAAGAAAGAGAGAAGGAACUUCUCACCUGCCACUCAUUUAGAGAAUGAAACCAAUAAAACUGUAGUCAUAGUGGAGGAUUCUGAUGAAAGUGCUGAUGACAGAAAAAAGAAACAGAGCAAGACAGUGACAAAAUCUUUUUCAUUUUUGCCUUACGUCACAAAUAACAAGAGAAGGGACUCAUCUGUUAUUCAUUUAGAGAAUGAAACCAAGAAAACUGUUGUCAAAGCCGAAGAUUCUGAUGAAAGUUGUGAUGAGAGUGGUUCUAAGAGGCAUAAUGUAUUUGCUUCUAAAAGACAUAAUGAGUCUGACUUCCUUGGUGACGGAAAGAAACAGGGAAGACCACCAAAGAAGAAAAAAGCUAAGGGAAUGCAUUCUUCUUCAAAUAAAGCCGUUGAAGGUACGCCAAGUUGGAAUGGUGGGGUGAAUACGAAGCAUUAUACAAAAAGUGCAGAAAAUUUACUAAGGGAGUUUAGAGUUUCUGGCCAAUCACCUCAUUUAAAUUGUUCGGAUUUUGUGCCUAGAAAGACUGUACCAGCUAAAUAUUCUUGUAGACGGUCUUUGAUUUCUCAAAGACCCAAAGUCACAAUUGAAGAAGUACAGAAAACAUUUGAUGCAGCUCAUGCUUUUCAGUCAAAAAAUCCUUCUGCUGUAGUAGUUAUGAAGCGUGGCUACGUUUAUGUUGGGUUUUACCUUGCAUUACCAAGUACUUUUAUCAAGGAAUUCCUUCCCAAAAAAAAUCAGGAAAUGAUUUUGUGGGACUUAGAUGAUAAGGCAUGGCCUGUGAAAUAUGUUUAUGCCGAUAAACCAUACUUGAGAGGUGGAUUUAGUGCUGGUUGGGCCAAAUUUUCGAUGGCUAACAAUCUCGAACUGUCCGAUGUUUGUGUGUUUGAGCUUAUCAAGGCAAAAGAAAUGAGAGUUCAUAUUUUCAGGGUGGUAGAAGAGGUCACUCCACCAAUCAAGGCUUAAAAUGACAAAGGCUGUCGAACUUCUUGGUUUUAUAUUUUGAUGCAAGAAAAUCAGUCAAGUGAAUCAGGGGAAGAAAACUGUCUCAAUUUACUAUCAGGAAUUCCAAUCUUAGGCAGCCCAGAAGAAUCUAUCUUCGGCACUGUGCAACAAAAUUGGCCUCUACUCUUUUAUUUUGUUGUACUGGCAUCAACGUUAAUCUGAGACUGGAGGGACAUCACUGUAUCUUCACUCUUAAAGCUCAAUUUUGAUAAUGUUCCUUGGAAACCCAGCUUCUUCAGGCACAGAGGUGCGUUUAUAUACUGCAAUUCGCAUGUGGUUACAUUUGUCGGUGUUACUUGGUUUUAUCAGAACCGUUACCUUUGAGGCAGGGUUAUGAUUUUUCUCUGACAUACUGCGUAUAAAAUGUGAAAGGUUUUUACUGACUAUACCUGGAGAUUAUCUGACAUAGUGAAGGUAGAGCUUUGGCAUUUCCAAUAACUAGAUGCUCCGUAAGAUUAACACCUGGUAAUCUAUAGCCAAUGGAGCUUCACUAAGUGUGGUGUGCUAGAGGAUUUCUUUGUAUACUGUACCCUUGAGAUUUUUUCUCUGUUCUCUGUUACUCUUUAAU